ACGCCAUUGACAGGAAAAUAGAAGCGUAGUGCGUGCGUUUCUUUUUUGCUGCAAAAAGUCUUUGCUAAAGUGUAGUUUCGUAGGCUGUGUAAGGAACGGUGUACCGUUUUCGUGGCGACCGCGUGCCGCGUUUUAGAAGUUAAUUCCCGCGCUUCAAAUUAGCAUUAAGUUAACGUCCACCCCCCGGGGGUAGCGGGGAUUGUUGUGGUUUGGUAUUGUGCGAAGCGGCGUAUUACCCCCAGUGCAAAGCGAGUGUAAUCACCAGCCAUGGCCGAUCCGCUGAGUCUGCUGCGCCAAUACAACAUCAACAAGAAAGAAAUCAUCGAGCGCGAUGGCCAGAUCAUAUUCGGCGAGUUCAGCUGGCCGAAGAACGUGAAAACCAACUACCUAAAAUAUGGCUCCGGAAAGAAGGGCGCCCCGAAGGAGUACUACACGCUCGAGUGUUUGCUGUACAUUCUUAAGAAUGUGGGCCUGCAGCAUUCGGUGUACGUUCGGCAGGCCGCGGCCGAGGACAUACCGGCCGUCAAUCGGCCGGAUCGAAAGGAGCUGCUGCAGUAUCUCAAUGGCGAAACGAACACCUGCGCCAGUAUCGACAAGAGCGCGCCACUGGAGAUCCCGACGCAGAUCAAGCGGCCGGCCGAGUCGGACGGGCUGGACAGCCUGGCGAAGAAGGCCCGGUACGAGGACACGCAGGUGCAGAAGGUGAAGGAGCAGCUGGCCGCCCGGUUAGACGUGAACAAGAAGGAGGCGUCGGUUAACAUAGACAACAUAAAAUCGCUCUCGGAAACGAUGUCGGUGGAAAAGAUUGCGGCCAUUAAAGCGAAACGUUUAGCGAACAAGAAGGUCACAAUCAAGCGCACCGACAACGACGACGCGAUGGGCGUCGGGCCGGAUCUGCGCGUCAUCCUCGACUUUGACGUCGACUCGACGAAGGACAUCGUGAGCCGGGAGCGGCAGUGGCGCACCCGCACGACCAUCCUGCAGAGCAAUGGUAAAAUAUUUGCCAAAAACAUUUUCGCCAUCCUGCAGAGCAUCAAGAACCGGGAGGAGGGCCGGGGCCGCCCGGCGCAGCAGCCGGUGAAGCUGCCCGAGCCGCCGCGCGUCAUACGGCCGCAGCCCCAACCGACGCAGUACAAUCGUUACGAUCAGGAACGGUUCAACCGGCAGAAGGAGGAAACGGAGGGCUUCAAGAUUGACACGAUGGGUACGUACCACGGUAUGUCGCUGAAGCUGGUAACGCAGGGCCAGGCGGGGCAGAACAAGGCGCAACCGAACAGCUUGAACAACAAUAACAGCAGUAGCAACAACAAUCUGUCGGCCAGCAUGCCGCCGGGCCGGCCGAAGGAGCUGAUACCGACGGCCCAGGCCCGGAUGCUGGCCCAGAAUGCGCCCAGCAAGCGGACGUCGCGCACACCGAUCAUCAUCAUACCGGCGGCGACGACGAGCCUCAUUACGAUGUACAAUGCGCGUGAUGUGCUGCAGGAUCUGAAGUUCAUUACGACCGACGAAAAGAAGCGUGGUGGAUGUUCGCGCGAAACCGAGGUGCUGAUCCAGCGACAGAAGGCGGGCAAUCUGACCGUGCCGUACCGCGUGAUAGACAACCCCUCGAAGCUGACGGCGCACGAUUGGAACCGGGUGGUGGCUGUGUUUGUUAUGGGUCCGGCCUGGCAGUUCAAGGGCUGGCCGUGGGACGGCAAUCCGGUGGAAAUAUUCUCCAAAAUCGCUGCCUUUCAUCUACGGUACGACGAUCUCAAGCUGGACGCAAACGUGGCCAAAUGGGCUGUGACCGUGCUGAACAUUUCGCGAACGAAGCGCCAUCUCGACAAAGCCUGCCUGAUGGCCUUCUGGGAGAAGCUGGACCUCUACAUGACCAAGUACAAACCGGACCUUCGGUUCUGAAUGAAGGCCCCAGCACCUUUCGGGUGGGCGAGGGUAGGGCUGCGAGUGUAAAGGAGCUUAUAUUUCUAGCUCUGCACUGUCGCUUCGGAGGUACCUUUGGGGGGCGCGCGUAAUAAAACAAAACGAUUAGAAUUAUUUUUAAAAGCUCAA